CGUGCUUUUGUUUUGAAAGAGGGAAAUUUAAAAGUCAACAACGUUAUUGACAAAUAAACACAAAGAAGCGGAAUAAAGGGUCCAGAAAGGAGCCUGAGAUGAGCGCAGUGUGACAUCGUUCACUCCUGAAUGUAAAGGUUGCCAGGCACCGACAUGAAGAAGAAGGCGAGGAGGUCGCAGGUGGCAGACGAAGGCAGCAGCAACCAGGAGGAGUGCUGUGCUCUCUGCAGGCUCAGUGAUGAUGAUCCGGCCAUGUUUGGGGAAAAAGUUACACUUAAAGAGCACAAACUCUCCGUCCACUACUUCUGUUUGCUGACGUCCUGCGGCGUUUACCAGCGAGGAGAGGAGGACGAGGGCGUCUUCGGGUUCCUGGUGGACGACAUCCAACAGGAGAUCCGCCGGUCGGCUCGACUGACGUGUUGCUGCUGUAAGAAGAAGGGAGCGUGUGUCGGCUGUAACGUUCGGAGCUGCAGGAAGACGAUCCACUUCCCCUGCGGGAGGAAACAGAAGUUCAUCUCUCAGUUUACCGGACUCUUCCCGUCUUACUGUCCGGACCACAGUCCCACCCAGUCUCUGUGUGUGGGUUUAGACCUCAGCCUGCCUCAGUCCUGCUCCGUCUGUUUGGACUCCAUCGAACCGGUCCUCUGCUACUCUGUCCUCAAGUGUCCGUCCUGCAACGCCAGCUGGUUCCACAGAGACUGCGUGCAGCGUCAGGCCCACAGCGCCGGCCUCUUCUUCUUCAGGUGCACUCUCUGUAACAACAAGGACGACUUCCAGGAGGAGAUGCUCAGGAUGGGAAUAUACAUCCCCGAGAGAGAUGCUUCAUGGGAGUUGGAGGCGAACGCGUAUUCAGAGCUGCUGGAGGUUUAUAACCGCUGUGACGCUCUCGCCUGCCUCUGCAACGACGGACGCUCGCACUCCGCCAAAACCGGGUGGUUUGAGGUGAUUCGCUGCCGGCUGUGUGGAUCCAGAGGGACUCACAGGAAAUGUUCUGGGCUGAAGUUGAACACCAGCGACUGGGCCUGCAGCGACUGCACGCAGGCUGCGGACGGGAAAGCUCUGCGUGAGGACCUGUACUUUGACGUCGGCUGCCUGCUCGCUCUCUCUCUGGUUCACGGCGGUCCUCCUGUUGGCUUCUUCUCUCGUGCUCUCUACCAGUGUCUGUUCAACUUCCCGCCCAACUGGCCGCUCACCGUCGCACACAUGACCCCGGACACACACUCCACCCGCCAAGUCAGCAGAAUUGCGAAGGCGAAGUCUUUAGACGAGCUGAAAGAAGUCAUGGCGGCAAGUUGGGAGUACCUGGAGCUGGCCGGCUGCAACCGACCAAUCAGCAGCCUGGAGGAGAGAGAUGUUCUGGUGGAAGAUCUGGUCAGCUUCACUCUGAUCACCAGGAUGCAGCUUCCACUGCAGAGGUUUCGGGAGGGUCUGCGGACGUUGGGUGUCUUUGAUCAGGUGCAGCUCUUCCCGUCGGAGUUCUGCGGUGUUUUCUGUGAAGCGGCGGUUCGGCUCUCGGCUCAGACGGUCGGUCAGCUCUUCACUGUUGAGUUCUCGCAGCAGGACGACAGACUGGACAGAGAGACGCCCAUCGUCACCUUCUGGAGACACUUCCUGCUGGAGUGUGAAGUUGGGAGGAGCUCCAUCUCCCUACAGGACCUCCUUCACUUCGCCACAGGAGCUGAGGAGGUCCCAGCCGCCGGCCUCCUCCCUCCUCCCACCAUUUCUUUCCUCCACCCUGUCACCUCCUCCCCACCAGGAGCUGAGCAGGAGGAGGGAAGAGGAAGAGGAGGAAGAAAGCGAAGAAAAGUCAGACCACAGACGGAGGUGUGGAGGGACGAGGGGCUCUUCCCUCAGAGGGAGCCCAACUCCAAACACCUCCUGUUGCCUGUCACCUCCUCCUACCAGGCCUUCAAAAGCUCCAUGGAGCAGGCCAUCAGCCACCAUGUGCACCUCCUCCCCACAGCGAGUUAGAGGAGGAGUUUGCAGGAAGUAUUUUAGGAUUUACAUUCAAAGAUAUUUUUAACAAAAGAAAUCAGUUUCUAAACGAGGCGGUGAUGAUUAAAGGUCUUUACGCAGCGGGAGCGAGACGGAUAAUACAAAUACUUCGGCUGUGAAUAUGUCGCAUGAGAAAUAUUCACACCGACACAUUCAAAAUAAAAAUGAAACCCACACACACCUGAAGAUACACAACACACUGUAUCAUUAGAACGGUCUCUGUGACGCCCUCCCACAGAGGUCUGUGAAGAACCGCUAUGAAGCUCAGUGUGGUCGAAUCUGUCCGUCGCCAUCUUAGCAGUCCGGACUCCAAACAUGGUCAAAGAGGUGGAGCCGAAUGAAGCCUGGUUACUGAAAACAGCCGCACGGAAAACCUGGAAAUUUAGAACCUAGAUAUGUAGUCACUGAAACACUUUACUCAGGUCGCCUGCGUAAACCUAAAUACAUCUACAUACAAACAGCAUUAAUUAAUGAUCAGAUCUCUUCCUGUGGUUGAUUAAUACCUGCACAGCGAAGCUAAUCGUACUUUCAACAAACACUUUCACUAGAAGAUGAAUUUUCUGUAAAAUAAAGUAAAUUCUACUUGAAUUUGAACUUGAGGAAAACUGUAGUUAAUUCACCUGAGACCACAGUGGAAACAUCAGCUGUGGUGAGAACAGUGCCGCUCACCACAAAAGCGAGCUAACGUCAAAUGCCAACACGAAAGUGUCUUAAACCUGCUUUCUAUGUAAUGUCCAGCAGGGGGAGCUCCACUGGCUGCAAUAUAAACAGACACCAUACAGUCUUAUGGAGAAAUGCGCCGACUUCCUGCUACGGAUGAGUCGAAACUGAGCAGCUCAACUCGCGAUACGUGACCUCCGCUGGCUCCGACUAACUGUCAUGGCAACGGCCAUAAACUGAAGGCUUGAAAAUGGGACUCCACAACCCGACGGGUUCCUCACAGUGUGACUGAUUCUUUUAUUCACGGUGUAAAAGCUCCGAACAAUUGAACAAACACAAUUACUUUCUCUCGCUGCGUAAUAUUAAAGCGAUUGUGACGAAACAACAAAAUAUCGACGUUCAAAUUCAUCGCAAGAAACAACUCCAGUGUGUAAAGACCUUUCAGUAGCAUCAGAGAGUUUUCAUCUGCAGAUAUAUUAUGAUUAUUAUGAUGUUAUUCUGUUGCAAUGAGCAGGAUGAUUUAAUGCAACCACCAUCUAGGAUAGUGAAUUGGUUCGAGGCGUUUCUGCUGCUGUAGCGAUGCGUCUACGUUCCUGUUAGUGGAUACAGUCUCUGUCUGAAGACGAGGUUUGAUGAGCAGAAACAGAAUAUCAGCAGGUUUCUGCUUUAUCUCAACUGGUUGUUACUUUAUCACAUCCAGCCAUUAAUUGUUUUUAAUUUGUUGCCGUCAUUUAGGAGAAAAGUGUUGACAUUUAUUAGUAAAUCGUCACAACUGAUUUAUUGUGAGCGAGGCUGAAGGCUCGUUGUCCGUCGUAUCCUCACAACACAAGGUUGAGCAGCUUGUCUGUCAUCCGUGUGUUUUUGUGUCAUUUUAAGAAUCUGUAUAUCUGUAUAUCUGAGCAUUAGCGUGAUAAUAUCGUCCCCUGCCUGGUGCUGUCGUCUCACUCGUUAAUGAAGCUGAUACAUCAAAUAUUUCCAUAGCGAAGCCAAAGCGAAGCGAAACUUCAAAGCAAAUCCUCUUAAAUUUGCCUUUUUUAAACCUUUUUUUUUUUUUUGCUCUUUCCUAAAACAUUCAGCUCAGUUGUGAUGUGAGGAUCUUUCUAUGUUUUCUAGUUUAAAAAUGAUGGUGCUGAUUUUAUAAAAGCUACUUUUUUAUUGCACGUACUUUGUUUUUUAAGCCUUUAUUGAUGAGUUUUUCUGUCUGUCAUGUUUUCUUUUCUUUUGUGAAAUGAGCAGUGUGUGUAAGACUGCCUCACACUUUCAUUUAAGUGGCAAAUUCAGGGUUCAUCUUAACUUUUUGGUGGAUAAAUGUAUAACUUUAUGGAUUAUAAUGCAUUAAUGACCUUUUUAACUGAGAUUUAACGAAUGGAUGGCUCUCGUUUUAUAAACUUAAACUGUUAGAAACACUGCAAUGUAUUACAACCCAGUCAUUUAUUCAGUAUAGCCUUAAAAUCCCAUUUAAAAACCAUAAUUAUGUCAUCAUUAAUUGGUAAAAUGAAGAGAUUUGGGUACAAAGUGUAAGAAUCUGUUCAGUUUGUGUUACAGCUGCAGAACGUGCAGAAUCAGUUUAAUACCGAUGUCUUUUUCUUUCUGUCUGUUCAGUUUUUCAGGUAAUUUUAUUUUCCUGAGUUGUUGAACCUUUUCCUUCUUGUUAUUUAUCUGUUUUGUGUUUCCUUCCUGUUUACUGAA